AUGUAUCCAAGAGUUAAAGUAAGAGUACCAGAACAAGAAGACAAUGUUUAUUCUGAAUAUGAUAGUGGAAUUUUAUCUUUCUUGAAGCUCAUUGAAUCACUACAUUUUGAAGAAGAGGAGAAUUGUAGUAAAAGUGAACCAUCAAUUUACAAAAACACAAAGGCUUGUCCUCAACAUAUAAUAACAAGGAGAUUCACUCCUUCAACUAAAGGAAUGUUGAAGAAUAACAAAAAAGUUAGGGAGGUUCCAAAAGAAAAUACAAGACCUAGUUGUGUUAUCCGGCCACGCGCCGUCUUAUCUAGUCCUGAUAAUGAUGAAUUAAUUGGAAAUAUAAAUGAUUUGAAGAACAAUAUAUCCUUAACUAAGAGAAAGAAAGAUGCAAGAGGGACAGUGGAGGGUCAUGCCAAGGUUUUGGCUUAUCAAAGACAAAGCUCCUCCUCCAAAAGCAAAGUGCACGUUUGA